AUGCUGCGCGUUAAUCUGUGCAUCAGAUUAGAGCCGAGCGGAGGAGAAGCGCUCUCCAACCCCCACCCUCUGUCCCAUACAGGCAUGAAGGAGCAGGAGGAGCAGGAGGAGCAGAGGGAGCAGGAGGAGCAGAGGGAGCAGAGGGAGCAGGAGGAGCAGGAGGAGCAGAAAGAGCAGAAGGAGCAGGAGGAGCAGGAGGAGCAGAGGGAGCAGGAGGAGCAGGAGGAGCAGGGGGAGCAGAGGGAGCAGAGGGAGCAGGAGGAGCAGGGGGAGCAGGAGGAACAGGAGGAGCAGGAGGAGCAGAAAGAGCAGAAGGAGCAGAGGGAGCAGAGGGAGCAGAGGGAGCAGGAGGAGCAGAGGGAGCAGGAGGAGCAGAGGGAGCAGAGGGAGCAGAGGGAGCAGAGGGAGCAGGAGGAGCAGAGGGAGCAGAGGGAGCAGGAGGAGCAGGAGGAGCAGGAGGAGCAGAGGGAGCAGGAGGAGCAGGAGGAGCAGAGGGAGCAGAGGGAGCAGAGGGAGCAGAGGGAGCAGAGGGAGCAGAGGGAGCAGGAGGAGAGCACCUGGAGGAAACCGAAGCACCAGGAGGAAACCGGAGCACCUGGAGGAAACCGGAGCACCUGGAGGGAACAGGAGCACCUGGAGGAAAGCGGAGCACCUGGAGGAACCCAGAGCACCUGGAGGAAACCGGAGCACCUGGAGGAACCCAGAGCACCUGGAGGGAACAGGAGCACCAGGAGGAAACCGAAGCACCAGGAGGAAACCGGAGCACCUGGAGGAAACCGGAGCACCUGGAGGAAACCGGAGCACCUGGAGGAACCGGAGCACCUGGAGGAAACCGGAGCACCUGGCGGAAACCGGAGCACCUGGAGGAACCGGAGCACCUGGAGGAAACCGGAGCACCUGGAGGAAACCGGAGCACCUGGAGGAACCGGAGCACCUGGAGGAAACCGGAGCACCCUGGAGGAACCCAGAGCACCUGGAGGAACCGGAGCACCUGGAGGAAACCGGAGCACCUGGAGGAACCGGAGCACCUGGAGGAAACCGGAGCACCUGGAGGAACCGGAGCACCUGGAGGAAACCGGAGCACCUGGAGGAACCGGAGCACCUGGAGGAAACCGGAGCACCUGGCGGAAACCGGAGCACCUGGAGGAACCGGAGCACCUGGAGGAAACCGGAGCACCUGGAGGAACCCAGAGCACCUGGAGGAACCGGAGCACCUGGAGGAAACCGGAGCACCUGGAGGAACCGGAGCACCUGGAGGAAACCGGAGCACCUGGAGGAACCCAGAGCACCUGGAGGGAACAGGAGCACCAGGAGGAAACCGAAGCACCAGGAGGAAACCGGAGCACCUGGAGGAAACCGGAGCACCUGGAGGAAACCGGAGCACCUGGAGGGAACAGGAGCACCUGGAGGAAACCGAAGCACCAGGAGGAAACCGGAGCACCUGGAGGAAACCGGAACACCUGGAGGGAACAGGAGCACCUGGAGGAAACCAGAGCACCUGGAGGAACCCAGAGCACCUGGAGGAAACCGGAGCACCUGGAGGAACCCAGAGCACCUGGAGGGAACAGGAGCACCAGGAGGAAACCGAAGCACCAGGAGGAAACCGGAGCACCUGGAGGAACCCAGAGCACCUGGAGGAAACCGGAGCACCUGGAGGAACCGGAGCACCUGGAGGAAACCGGAGCACCUGGAGGAACCGGAGCACCUGGAGGAAACCGGAGCACCUGGAGGAACCGGAGCACCUGGAGGAAACCGGAGCACCUGGAGGAACCCAGAGCACCUGGAGGGAACAGAAGCACCAGGAGGAAACCGAAGCACCAGGAGGAAACCGGAGCACCUGGAGGAAACCGGAGCACCUGGAGGAAACCGGAGCACCUGGAGGGAACAGGAGCACCUGGAGGAAACCGAAGCACCAGGAGGAAACCGGAGCACCUGGAGGAAACCGGAACACCUGGAGGGAACAGGAGCACCUGGAGGAAACCGGAGCACCUGGAGGAACCCAGAGCACCUGGAGGAAACCGGAGCACCUGGAGGAACCGGAGCACCUGGAGGAAACCGGAGCACCUGGAGGAACCGGAGCACCUGGAGGAAACCGGAGCACCUGGAGGAACCGGAGCACCUGGAGGAAACCGGAGCACCUGGAGGAACCCAGAGCACCUGGAGGGAACAGAAGCACCAGGAGGAAACCGAAGCACCAGGAGGAAACCGGAGCACCUGGAGGAAACCGGAGCACCUGGAGGAAACCGGAGCACCUGGAGGGAACAGGAGCACCUGGAGGAAACCGAAGCACCAGGAGGAAACCGGAGCACCUGGAGGAAACCGGAACACCUGGAGGGAACAGGAGCACCUGGAGGAAACCGGAGCACCUGGAGGAACCCAGAGCACCUGGAGGAAACCGGAGCACCUGGAGGAACCCAGAGCACCUGGAGGGAACAGGAGCACCAGGAGGAAACCGAAGCACCAGGAGGAAACCGGAGCACCUGGAGGAACCCAGAGCACCUGGAGGAAACCGGAGCACCUGGAGGAACCCAGAGCACCUGGAGGGAACAGGAGCACCAGGAGGAAACCGAAGCACCAGGAGGAAACCGGAGCACCUGGAGGAAACCGGAGCACCUGGAGGAAACCGGAGCACCUGGAGGAAACAGGAGCACCAGGAGGAAACCGAAGCACCAGGAGGAAACCGGAGCAUCUGGAGGAAACCGGAGCACCUGGAGGGAACAGGAGCACCUGGAGGAAACCGGAGCACCUGGAGGAACCCAGAGCACCUGGAGGGAACAGGAGCACCAGGAGGGAACAGGAGCACCUGGAGGAACCCGGAGCACCUGGAGGGAACAGGAGCACCAGGAGGGAACAGGGGCACCAGGAGGAAACCGAAGCACCAGGAGGAAACCGGAGCACCUGGAGGAAACCAGAGCACCUGGAGGAAACCGAAGAACCUGGAGGAAACUGGAGCACCUGGAGGAAACUGAAGCAGCUGGAGGAAAACCGGAACACCGAGAGGAAACCAAAGAACCUGGAGGAAACUGGAGCACCUGGAGGAAACUGAAGCAGCUGGAGGAAAACCGGAACACCGAGAGGAUAUCGGAGCACCUGGAGAAAACCGGAGCACCUGGAGGAACCGGAGCACCUGGAGGAAACCGGAGCACCUGGAGGAACCCAGAGCACCUGGAGGGAACAGGAGCACCAGGAGGAAACCGAAGCACCAGGAGGAAACCGGAGCACCUGGAGGAAACCGGAGCACCUGGAGGGAACAGGAGCACCUGGAGGAAACCGGAGCACCUGGAGGAACCCAGAGCACCAGGAGGGAACAGGAGCACCAGGAGGGAACAGGAGCACCUGGAGGAAACCGGAGCACCUGGAGGAACCCGGAGCACCUGGAGGGAACAGGAGCACCAGGAGGGAACAGGAGCACCAGGAGGAAACCGAAGCACCAGGAGGAAACCGGAGCACCUGGAGGAAACCGGAGCACCUGGAGGAAACCGAAGAACCUGGAGGAAACUGGAGCACCUGGAGGAAACUGAAGCAGCUGAAGGAAACCUGGAACACCGAGAGGAUAUCGGAGCACCUGGAAGAAACCAAAGCACCUCUGGGCAACCGGAGCACCUGGAGGAAAUCCGAGGGCGGAGAGGAUAUUGGAGCACCCAGAAGAAACCAAAGCACCUCUGGGAAACCGGAGCACCUGGAGGAAACUGA